AUGGCACAACCACCAUCACCACCACCUGCGGCACUAGCCCCGCACGAAUCGCUCCCCGUACAGCCGGACGUCGAGUCGACCAUCUCCGACAUCAUCUCGACCAACCGUCGCUCGGCAACCGCGUUUACCGUCUCGAAGCAUUCCCGCGACGCCGCCAAGAACUGGGACAAGUUCUACAAGAACCACCAGGACAAGUUUUUCAAAGAUCGGCAUUGGACCAAUCGCGAGUUUGGCUCUGAGCUGGGCUCUACAGCUACCGGCACUGGUGCCGCUGCCGGUGCUGGUGCCGGGGUGGGGUCUGGUGUGGAUGUGAAGGGUAAGGCGAGGGGGGAGGACGAUAGGGAGGAGGAGACGGAGAUGGUGGCAGCGGGGGUUUCGGCGGGCGAAAGCGUGCUGCUCGAGGUCGGGUGUGGGGUGGGCAACAUGCUGUACCCGCUGCUUUCGGCAAACGCCUCGCUCAAGGUGCACUGCUGCGACUUUUCCGCUCGUGCCGUCGACAUGGUGCGCUCACAUCCACUGUACGACCCCACCCGCGUCAAUGCCUUCGUCUACGACCUGACCGAACCGCUCUCGACGCUCACCCCGCAUCUUGCGCAACCCUGCUCCUGGCCACCAAUCACGACGAUCAGCCUGAUCUUUGUGCUCUCGGCCAUUCCCCCGCACCUGCACGCACACGUCCUGCGCUCCCUCGCCUCGCUCCUACCUCACGGCGGCCACAUCCUCUUCCGCGACUACGCCUACGGCGACCUCUCCCAGGUGCGCUACCACACCAAAAAGGACGCCGCAUGGGCCGAACCCAGCCUGCUCUCGGACGACCCGCAGCACAACUGGUACAAGCGCGGCGACAACACGUUCAACUACUUUUUCACCCAGCAGCAGCUCCAGCAGCUCGCCCAGAGCGUCGGGCUGGUCGGCGACGUCGAGACGCUCAGACGGACCGCCGUGAAUCGCAAGAGCGAGGUCAACAUGGAGAGGCGCUUUGUGCAGGCGAAAUGGUACGUUGCGCCGUCGGACGGCAAGGCGUGA